CCACCAAAUAAGAAAAGACAAGGGACGUUUGACAGGCGCUGUCCUUACAGUCGUUUUAGGUUAAAAAUCUCUUAUCAUCCGGUUAUUUACUGCGUGUAUACGAGUUUAUUUUAUAUUGAAACUAUUUUAGGGUAUAUUAUCUAACAUAAAUAUUGUCAAAUUAAUCAGCAGAAGAUAACGGAAGACGAAAGAAUUUCGUAUGUGUCUCCAUCCCGGAAUCGCUGCUGCGUUGUAACUAAGCUAACGCUAGCUAGCAUUAGCGGCACCGGGGCCCGAACCAACAACUUCCUCUCUGUUGAAGACGUUCUGUUUGACAUCUUUUCGAGUUAAACUGAAGAGUGAUGGCGUGCGGAGCUACUCUGAAAAGGACUCUGGACUUUGAUCCAUUAAUGAGCCAGGCUUCUCCUAAAAGGAGGAGAUGUGCGCCGGUCAUGUCGCCGGUGUCUUCGCCCCAGAAAUAUCUGCGUAUGGAACCGUCGCCUUUUGGGGAUGUCUCGUCCAGACUCACCACAGAGCAAAUCCUGCACAACAUAAAACAGGAGUACAAGCGUCUACAGAAACGUCGACACCUGGACGUUACCUUCCAGCAGGCAGAGGGCUGCUGUCCCGUGGAUCUGCAGAACAUUCAGGCCGGACCCCCACUUCCAGGCACGUCUUCAGGUGCCUCGUCUCCCUCCAGGAAAGAACAGCCGUUAUUCUCCCUCCGACAGGUUGGGAUGAUCUGCGAGCGACUACUGAAGGAGCGAGAGGAGAAAAUCCGCGAGGAAUACGAUGAGAUACUGACGACAAAGCUCGCUGAACAAUAUGAUGCUUUUGUCAAGUUCACACAUGAUCAGCUAAUGCGAAGGUUUGGAGAGCAGCCUGCUAGUUAUGUUUCCUGAGUUCUGCUGUUUGUCUUUUGGGAUGAACUCUUUGCUGCAAGCUACUCCAGGGACUCAACAGUUCUGAUCAGACCCCCCUUCCCCAAGCUGUGCCAUAUUGCCUCUAUGUGCACUCACUGCCUCAGGCAUCAGUGGCAUCAACAUUUGCCUGUUUCUCCUAGAGUUAGGAGGGUUUCCUGCUGCGACUCAUCUCUGAGACUCCACCAGUGGCCUCUUGACUGUCGUCUUCAUAUUUAUUUGACUUUAUUCUGAUGCCUUCGUAAAAGACUUAACUACCGUCACACGUUUGGCCUUUUGAUUUGACUUUAUUUUAGUUAUGUUCGUUCUACUGUGCUUCUAUGUUUGUACUUGCGAAAAAGGGAUUGGACGUUAAUGAGUGAACGAAGUCAACAUCCAGACUGGACUUUUGUUUUAAUCGUGUAAACUACCUAUGACUGCUUUUAGAUUUGUACAUUUGUAUACACUGUAUUUCUUUUUAUUUUGGCUUGAUUUCUGUUCACUAUACCAAAAUGUUAAGUUUGCUGUGGGUUUCAAGGGGUUUUCAUUCAUAUAAUACAAAUAAAUAAAAGUCUU